UUGAGGGGGGUGUAGUUUGUGCUAAAAUUCCACUGGUUGACUUCUUUGAGUCUCUCGGACUGCUUUUUCGCGGGAAGACUGUCCGCUACGGCUUAUUGUGGACACGUAAACUGUCAGGGAAGAUGCGUGAGAUCAUGUGAUACAAGCAAUACCCUUAUAAGAACCGAAACUUGAAGAGGUGAAGCUGAACCCCAAGCAACAUUUCAGCUAAUUUUAUAAAAAUGUGUGGAAAUAAAGCAAUCUGAAGGAAAUUCAAGACCACAAAAUUUACUGACUGAACUACAUGGUAUUGUUCAUACCAAUAAGAGUGUUUGGAGAAAGACCUUUUUAUUCUGCUAAGUCAUGAUGAAAGCAGAAGACCAGCAGCAAUGGAAGAGAACCUUUUUCUCAGAACUACCUAAAGUGGAACUUCAUGCCCACUUGAAUGGAUCCAUUAGUUGUAAUACCAUGAAGAAAUUAAUAGCUAAGAAACCAGGUCUCAAAAUCCAUGAUCAAAUGACUAUGAUCGAUAAAGGAAAGAAAAGAACUUUAGAAGAAUGUUUCCAGAUGUUUCAGAUUAUUCAUCAGCUUACUACUAGCCCUGAAGAUAUUUUAAUGGUCACAAAAGAUGUCAUUAAAGAAUUUGCAGAUGAUGGUGUCAAGUACCUGGAACUAAGGAGCACACCCAGAAGAGACAAUGCUACAGGAAUGACUAAAAAAACUUAUGUGGAAUCUGUACUUGAGGGUAUAAAACAGUCUAAACAAGAAAACUUAGACAUUGAUGUUAGAUAUUUGAUAUCAAUUGACAGAAGAGGUGGCCCUUCAGUGGCCAAGGAGACUGUUAAACUUGCUGAAGAAUUCCUCCUUUCUACUAAAGAUACAGUUAUUGGCCUUGACCUCAGUGGAGAUCCUACAGCAGGACAAGCAAAAGAUUUCUUGGAACCUCUUUUGGAAGCAAAAAAAGCAGGUCUGAAGUUGGCAUUGCAUCUUUCAGAGAUUCCAAACCUCAAGAAAGAAACACAAGUACUCCUGGAUCUGCUUCCUGACAGAAUUGGGCAUGGGACAUUUCUCAACUCCUCUGAGGAAGGAUCCUUGGAUCUGGUGGACUUUGUGAGGAAACACCAGAUACCACUGGAACUCUGUUUGACCUCAAACAUCAAAAGUCGGACAGUUCCAUCUUAUGACCAGCAUCAUUUCGGAUUCUGGUACAGCAUUGCCCAUCCUUCUGUGAUCUGUACUGACGAUAAGGGUGUUUUUGCAACACACCUUUCCCAAGAGUACCAGCUGGCAGCUGAAAAUUUUAACUUGACCCCGUCUCAGGUAUGGGAUUUGUCUUAUGAAUCCAUCGACUACAUCUUUGCUUCUGACAGCACCAAGUCUGAACUGAAAAGGAAGUGGAAUCAUCUGAAACCCAAAGUGUUACAUUUUUAAGCUGUAACGAAGUGAAUUACUUUUGAGUAUGUGUUGCAACCAAGAUCUUCCUGCCAUAUUCCUUUUAGUAAACCAUCCACCUCUCCCUUUGAAGAACAGCAGCCAGUAGCAAGGUAUCUCCAGUACCUUACUCCUGGUGAGUGCUCAUUAAAUAUGUCUUCAAUUGA